AUGACUCCUUCAAAACUUUGUAAUGUUUGCGCGAGAGCUAUCAAACAAGCAUCUCGUUCCAAAUCCAGGAACUUUUCUUCGAAAGGAAAAAAUUUUUCAUCAAUUUCUCCAAAACUCGGCAGUUCCAUCAAUUCUAUUGAUAUCAAUAGCAUGUCUCUGAAGAAAGCAAUACCUGGACUUUCGGAAGCCAAAUAUCUGAAGCAAGCCGACGUCAAACCUUUCAAUACGGAAUUAACAGUUCUCGAAAAUGGACUGAGAGUAGCUACAGAGCCUCAUUAUGGGAUGUAUUGCACCGUUGGAGGUAUGUUUAAUAUUCUUACUAAUACAUUAUAUGUAUAG